CACCAUCCUGUUUGCUUUGAAGAAAAACGAGAAGAUCGAAAGAGUUCUCCGAUCGAACAGCAUCAUGGGAGAAGCGCGCAUUGAGCUCGUGAACAUCGCGGACGGUCAUGUAGUCCAGCACCCCUUGCUUCUUCUGGAAGGGAAGUUCAUCUGCGAUUGGGAUCUUCCGGACAAUGUACUCGCAGAAGUACACGUCAACGAUACGGCAACUUCGUGGCCGGUGAGUCAUUCGGGUGCGUUCAAGGUCUUGGUUCCCCUUCCCACGUAUGGCCGCCAUGAGAUUUGCUUGAACAUUGCUGAGACAUACGAGAUCGUGUCCGUGGAAUACGCACCAUCGACCCGACAAAAUCGCGUUCAUGUGUACUACCAGAAAGGCCAAGGAUCCACUGGUUCGUUUCACGCCCCUCCUGGAGUCGACAACAGCGAAGCGGUGGCAGUCAAAAAGAUCAAAUUCAACGCAGCGCUGCUUCAAACUGCGAUGGCCGCGCUACUCGGUGCACCAUAUACGGAAACGUUUUCCCUCGAAGUUGACGACGAUGGUCAACCCAUUGUCCACGUGCUCGAAUCAUCAUUCACAGACGACGUGGCGAAGUCGAUAUCUGAGCAUGAACUCAUCGGUCGCGUCGAAGAAGACUUGCGUGCGCAAGGAUUCAUGGACGACGAUCUUGGCAAGCACGUGGUGUUGUUGGGAUCAUCCACUUUCGACACGGCAACCAAGACGCCAAGGGGGCAUACAGCGUUGGGCAAUAGCGCUGUGGGUGUAUUUGGCUCAUGCGGAUUGCACACGUGGGCUUCCCAUGUGGGAAACGUCAUGCAGAGUUUCUUGGACACAACUCGCAUCGACCCAGCGAGUCUGUGGGACGACAGUGCCGGCCGAGGAACGUACGCGGCGAAUUACUCGACUGGUCUCGGCGCCGUCUUACACGAGCUUGGCCAUGCCUUUGGUCUGAGCCACACGACACAUGGAAUCAUGGCCCGCGGGUUCGAUGACCUGAAUCGUCUCUUUUGCGUUGUCCAGCCUCGACCUGAUCCGACAUCGUCAGUGCCAGCGUUUUCGAAUGCCUUUCCAGACGGCAAGUUGUUUUUGAACUACGCUCGGGUGGAGGAUGUUGUGACGGCCGAAGGUGCACACUGGCACCGUGCCAGUGCGUUGAAGCUGCGCUUGUCGCCGUGGUUGUCAAGCCAAACAACCAGCGGUCUUUGUGGUACACAAACAGUUCCCGCUGUUGCCUGGGGCAAGACUAUCGUUGGGCCCGUGGGAUGUGGCGCGGGGCCGCAAAUCCCGUUUGGUACUGACUCGAAAGACGUCGCGGCGUUCUUAAUCACGUCGGGAGCAUCGACCGGUGUGACGGCAAUUGAGAUCCUGACGAAUGCGUCGCUGAAUGACUUGCUCUUUUGUGGCCUGGCCGCUAGCGGAAGCCAAGACCUGUUCAUUCUCAUGGAUGGCGAAUACAUUGUCCAAGUCGACGUGCGGGCCAAGGCUUGGGUCGACGCCAUUCGGUUUCACACGAAUUUUCGUGUGUCGCGGUUCUUUGGUGGCAAGGGAGGCAACCUGCAUGUCCUCAAAGCGCCGCCGAAUCACAUUCUGUAUUCGUUUUUCGGUACAACUGGACAGAACGUCGUUGGAGCCUUGGGAGCGUAUGCUACCCUCGCGCCACGCGGAUUGCUCAUGAAUCAGAACCAUCUUACCCCUCCGGCAGCCCCAGUCACGACAACCCCACUUCCUUCGCCACCUUUGACGUCCAUUUUCGACCAAAUCGGAAGCUUCUUCGGAGCUUCCGAGUCGACGCCGCCACGACCUACCUCUGCUACGUCUGGAGCCUACGCGACCAUUGGCACUGGCGCCGAAGGCGAACAAGAUGCGUUCACGACCAAGAACAUCACAUCAAUUGGAGCGAUCUUGCUCGUGUGCGCCGACGAAGCCAUCAUCAGCUUCCGCGUCUUGUCGAGAAAAGAGUACAGCGAAGUGUUUGGUGAGGGGUACUAUGCGGCCCCGAAUGAGCUCGCGUUCGUCCUGGCCGCGCACGAAGUUAUCAUUCAAGUGGAUGUUCGGUCGAGCGGAUGGAUCCAUGGUCUCCGCUUUCACACAAACGUGCGGAUGAGUCCCUGGUACGGCGGCACCGACGGCGAAGAGCAUUCGUUUGUGUGCGCGCCCGAGUCCCACAUUACAGCGUUUUACGGUUCCCACGGGCCGCAGUAUCUUGGGACGCUUGGGACGUAUUUCGGACCGUUGCCACACCACCUGCCUCGUCCUCAACCGCUGCCGAACUUGGCGCCGCUUCCUUGUUUACAUGGUGGUGCUGGGGUCGACAUUGUUCGAAUUCGUGCGUCGGCGUCGGGGUUGGAGUUCACCUCGUCCGCCUUGGCUGUCGACGAACCGUGCACUCACGUGUUUCCGCUGCAAAAGGGAGAAGUCCUCGUCCAAGUGGAGGUCGUUCGCGCCAACGGCCAAAUCAUCGGAGCGGCUUUUCACACUCAAACUCGAUCGAGCAAGUGGUAUGGCCAAGUCGAUGGGUUGUACGAAAUCGUGGUGGCGCCCCCCUCUCUCGCCUUCGCCAGUAUUUGUACAUCACGCGGGGAAGUUCAGCACACAUUUGAGUCUGAGGAUGUCUGCCGCGUUGAAGACGUCUCCGACGACGACGGUACGUCGGAAGCCGACUUGGGUCAAGAGAAGGCGUUGCAUGCAGUGUCCGACGUCGGUAUCGCUUAUGUCGUGUUGCAUCAAUUCAAUAACGGCGAUCCGUUGGCUGACCACGUCGUGGAGUUUGCGGAACCUUCAGCGCUUCCCCAGUCGUGGCGCAUCUCAGCCACGUAUUUGAAAGCCAAGGUGCAUCCUCGUCCAUUGACCGACUAUGCCGUCGAAGUAGUCGACGCCACGGGAACGUCGACUCUAUCGCCUGUGCUGGCGCCUUGUUUGCCGUGAUAUCUUGCAUGCCUAGCCAGGCUCAUGUGCAUGUUGAACAAACGCUUUCAAUAUAGUAGAUAAUUUCCGUCACUGCGUGCA